AUGGACACGGGGACAGCAGGGAUGGGAUGGACACUGGAGGGAUGGGAUGGACACAGCAGGGAUGGGAUGGACACUGGAGGGAUGGGAUGGACAUGGGGACAGCAGGGAUGGGAUGGGCACAGGAGGGAUGGGAUGGGCAUGGGGACAGCAGGGAUGGGAUGGGCACAGGAGGGAUGGGAUGGACAUGGGGACAGCAGGGAUGGGAUGGGCACAGGAGGGAUGGGAUGGACAUGGGGACAGCAGGGAAGGGAUGGACACUGGAGGGAUGGGAUGGACAUGGGGACAGCAGGGAUGGGAUGGGCACAGGAGGGAUGGGAUGGACAUGGGGACAGCAGGGAUGGGAUGGACACUGGAGGGAUGGGAUGGACAUGGGGACAGUGGGAUGGGAUGGACACAGCAGGGAUGGGAUGGGCACAGGAGGGAUGGGAUGGACAUGAGGACAGCAGGGAUGGGAUGGGCACAGCAGGGAAUGGGACAGACAUGGCAGGAACAGGACAGACAUGGCAGGGAUGGGACUGGCACGGGCACAGUGGGAUGGGCACAGCAGGGAACAGGCAGGGAACAGGAUGGGAAUGGGACUGGCAGAGCAGGGAGCAGGAUGGACACAGCAGGGAUGGGAUGGACACGGCAGGGAAUGGGAUGGACACGGCAGGGAAUGGGAUGGACACGGCAGGGAAUGGGAUGGACACGGCAGGAAUGGGAUGGACACGGCAGGAAUGGGAUGGACACGGGCACAGUGGGACUGGCAUGGCAGGAACAGGACAGGAAUGGGACAGGGAAUGGGACUGGCAGAGUAAGGAACACGACAGACACAGCAGGAGGGAAUGGAGAGGGAACGGGAUGGACACAGGAGGGAUGGGAUGGACACGGCAGGGAAUGGGAUGGACACGGCAGGGACGGGAUGGAACAGGCACAGAACGGGAUGGACACGGCAGGGAAUGGGAUGGACACGGCAGGGACAGGAUGGAACGGGCACAGUGGGACGGGCACAACCCCAGGCUGGCAUCACCGAACUCUUGGCUCCCCCCCCCAACCCCGCAGAGCCCCGCGCUGGGCCGGGCCCGGCCUUGUUCUCCUUUAAAGUGCCCUAUAUUUAUAGAAUUUCUAAAUAAAUAG